GCAGCCGCGUCGUGCCGCGCCGUGCCGUGCCGGGGGUGCCGUCACUCGGCGCUUCCAGCAUGCUCCUAAGAUGGCGGUAGCGGCGGCGGGCGGCGGCGGCGGGGGCGGCCGGGCGCAGCGCAGCGGCUGGCUGGAAGUUUUGGUGCGGGAGCGCUGGCACAAAGUGCUGGCCAACUUGGGCGGCGAGGCGCUGGUGCUGAGCGGAGAGGAGCGCCCCGACGGCGCGGCCCACAACGGGCUGGGAGGCGAUGGGGCGGCGUGCCGCGGGGCCGAAGGCGGCGGCGGGGGCUCGGCGGUGCGCACCGCCUUCACCGACCCCCCCGAGCAGGUGCCCGAGGCCGUCUCCAACAAGAAGCGCUGCGUGAAGGUGCUGAAGCAGGAGCUGGGCGGGCUGGGCAUCAGCAUCAAGGGAGGCAAGGAGAACAAGAUGCCCAUCCUCAUCAGCAAGAUCUUCAAGGGGCUGGCGGCCGACCAGACCCAGGCCCUCUACGUGGGCGAUGCCAUCCUGGCCGUCAACGGCACCGACCUGCGGGAUGCCACCCACGACGAGGCGGUGCAGGCGCUCAAGCGAGCCGGCAAGGAGGUGCUGCUGGAAGUGAAAUACAUGAGAGAAGCAACACCCUAUGUGAAGAAGGGCUCUCCAGUUUCAGAGAUUGGAUGGGAGACACCUCCUCCAGAAUCUCCCCGCCUGGGAUGUGUGUCUGCUGACCCACUGUCACAGCUUUCGCUCUCCAUCCACAGGGACAAGAAGACGAUACCGCUCAAGAUGUGCUAUGUGACACGCAACAUGACGGUGUCAGACCCUGAAAACAGACUUAUUGAAGUUCAUUCACCUGAUGCCAAGCACACCGUGGUUCUCAGGAGUAAGGACUCAGCUACAGCCCAGGCCUGGUUCAAUGCCAUCCACUCCAGUGUCAAUGAUCUCAUCCCCAGGGUGAUUGCAGAGGUCAGAGACCAGCUGGGUAAAGCAGGGAUUGCUGGAAGUCGAGAGAUUAGACAUCUAGGCUGGCUUGCAGAAAAGGUGCCGGGAGACAACGAGAAGCACUGGAAGCCAGUGUUGGUGGUCUUGACAGAGAAGGACCUCUUAAUAUAUGAGAGCAUGCCACGGAUGAAGGAGGCUUGGUUCAGCCCUCUGCACACCUACCCCCUCCUAGCCACCAGGUUGGUGCAUUCUGGUCCAGGAAAAGGCUCACCGCAGUCUGGGGUGGAUUUGUCCUUUGCAACCCGUACCGGUACGAGGCAAGGGAUCGAAACACAUCUGUUCAGGACGGAGACGAGCAGAGACCUCUCACUGUGGACAAGGAGCAUCGUGCAGGGCUGUCACAAUUCUGCAGAGCUCAUCACAGAAAUCACAACAUCUUGCACAUACAAAAGCCAGGAGUGCCGUUUGACCAUCCAUUACGAACAUGGAUUCUCUCUUACAACUGAACCACAAGACGGUGCCUUCUCUAAGACAAUUGCACAAUACCCCUAUGAAAAACUGAAAAUGUCCUCAGACGAUGGGAUAAGGAUGCUUUAUUUAGACUUUGGAGGAAAAGAUGGAGAAAUUCAACUGGACCUUCAUUCCUGUCCAAAACCAAUUGUGUUCAUCAUUCAUUCCUUCCUGUCGGCUAAGAUUACAAGACUUGGUUUGGUGGCAUAAAUGGGAUACGCACAUCUGUUUCUUCAAAGAAAAGAGGAGCAACCACGCUCAUCUGAAGUACAGUCAUCACUGACAACCUGUAGCAGCGAGAACCCCGCACCAGACUGGGGUGCUAUCCCAGUCCUUGGUCACUUCUGUCAACUUUUCAAGGCCAAAUUAUGAUCAGCUGAAGAGGUGGCAUGACAAGGAAAACAAUGUAAAUAGUGGGAUUUUAAAAUCCCUUAUCAGACAGUAAAAGAGUGUAGUACCAUAUGUGUAAAUAUUUCAGAAUCAUAAAUCGUGCUUUUUUCAAUGUACUGGCUAAUACAGAAUAAGUAAAGGGCUAAGCAGAAAGGAGUGGGCAUUGGCUGUGAUGCAAACUCAAGGUUCUCUGAGUGGAAGUUCUAUAAACAAGAUUGUCCCAACACCUAGAAGUCACAUGUUGGUUCUUCUAACCUCUACACCACUUGUAGAGUUUCUUGUGAGAAGCCAUCAGAACACAGUGCUGCAUACCCAGCAGAGCAUGCAGACAUGCCUGUGUGAGUAGUGUGCUCCAAAGCAAUACUGAGGUGGUCAGUGACCAGCUGCACAGUCCCUGCUGAGAGGCAAUUUCAAGUCAAAUGAUAGAGACAUCUUGUGGACAUUCCUAGCAAUGGAUCUGAUGCGGCGCUACCUGUAGGGAUGGCAGUGGGGCGUAGGCGGGGGGGGAGCAUCCUCUGUAUGGACACACGGGAUGUGCUUUCAUAGUGGCUUUCCAGAAUGGUUCUCAUGACCUGGAGCUUCAGCUACCCAGGUUCCCAGGCUCAGGUGAGAGAUAGCCAAAUCCACUGGGAUGUAUGACCUGAGCUCCUGCCUGCACAUUUCCAAUUUAGAGUUUUCCAGCAGGAAGUCAGGCUAGGUCAUACUAGGAGCUUCCCACCCUCCUGCUCCAACUUUGUCAACCCCACGGCUUUACCAGGUCUGGUUAUAUGGUCUUGAUUUUGCAUAUUUGCAAGGAGGAAGACUUUCUUUUGCAGGAAAGUUGCUUUUCUUUGGGAAACUGUGUGUUCAACUUGGUCCUGGAACUGCUCAAUUGGCUUCAUGUAGUUGGGUGGGAAUAGAAACAGAACAGGGACUGCAUUUAUGUUGUUCCUAAAUUGUCAACGGAACAGCUUCAUGUUGAGUUGGUUUUUGUUUGCUUUUAGAGUUUUGCCCUAAAUUCACACUUUGAAGGACAGGAAUUAUGUAGGAAAUAAUCAGAAGUUGCAGAAAUUUGCUUGUCGUACUACAUCUGCUUUAUGCUUCAGAAAGCCAGUGAGUUUCAGUGUAACAUCACUUGACUGGCAAAGAAGACUGAAGACACAGUUUGGUUCCAUAUUGCUUUUAAGCAAAGUCUUGAGAUUUAAAUGUCAUAGUGCUUAUCACAGGGUAGGACUUAGAUUGUGGUGGUUUCCAUAGGUUAUCUUAACCAUCAAAGCUAAUUGAAAAAUGAAGACGAUGGGCUGAAUUUGCAAAUAGUGAAAACAGCUGCUUCAGAACAACAGCUACAUUGACAUUUGGAACAGCAGCCCUGCUCCCAGUGCCUCUCUCCAGUGAAAAGUCUGAAGGUGACUUACCUAUCUGUGAACUUUGUUUUUACUGUCAUGGUACGUGCACUUAAAAAUGAAUGCCUUGUGCAAAGUCAUAAGUUAGGAGCUCUGUUGCAUACCUUACCAAUAAUUUCCAAACGCUCUGCUACUGCUGCCAUCCACAUAUACUCUGCAGCAGCUACUUGGGUCUCCUUUGCUUGGAAGCUUCUGGGAUAGCAUCUUCUGAGAAGCUGCGAGCAGUCGGUACGCUGGAGGCUGGGGUUCUGGAUAUGAAGUGGGAUCACAUUGCCAAGUAAAUCGUUGUGUCAUGGUUUUAAAAGGUUAUUCAGGACACUGUUUGCAAAGCAUUUCACUGCUGUUUCAGAGCAUAACUUAAAAAUUCGGACACAGGCUCCUAUAAAGUUCCAUAGGUUAGAGCGGGAACUUGCAUUCUGUGGGAUAGGUUAAAUGCAUAUGUAAACUGUACUGCACUAUUAUUUCCUUAUUCCUUUAACAUCUACAAAUCACUGGAAUGUUAUACUUAACAUGUACGUGCACUGUAAAUAUUUCAAAUUCCUAUACUAGUACCAACAGUGAAAUUACACAAUAUGUAAUCUAAGGUGCUCAGUACUAUAUGAAGUAUAAGUGAAUAACUAAACAGUUUGCAAAGAAAGUUCCUAUUAUAUAUAUUUAUAGAAAAAUAAUGAUAAUUACAGAUGCUAUUUCUUCAUUUUCAGAUUUUGGACUGAUUCAUAUUUGGAUGGGAUAGAUAAACAAAAUACGGACUUACUCCACAUUUAUAAGAGUAUAGUGAAUAUUUAUAUUUUAGAGGAAAAGAAUAUAUUUAAUAAAGUCAUUUAUUGGA